CACACACACACACUCUCUCUUUAUAUAUACACACACUCUAGAUCUCAGUGACAAUGGUGUCCUGUCGAGUAAAAAUUGGCCCUUUUUGCGGCUUCUUCAAAAACACACAUUUUCUCUCUCUUUCAAGACAGUUUUUUAUUUUUCUUUAAAAAGUUGAAUUCUUUUUUUUUUUACAUUCCCUCCACUUAGAAUCAAAAAUCAUGGAAUUUAAAAAAUGGGUUUUGUUUUUUUUGAUGUUAACUCAAAUGGGUAGUUUUCAAAAAAUCCAUUGUAGUGUUACUUAUGAUAGUAAAGCCAUUGUUAUCAAUGGUGUAAGAAGAAUCUUGAUUUCUGGUUCUAUACAUUACCCCAGAAGCACCCCUGAGAUGUGGGAAGAUCUUGUAAAGAAGGCUAAAGAUGGAGGGCUAGAUGUGAUUGAUACUUAUGUGUUUUGGAAUGUUCAUGAGCCUUCUCCUGGCAAUUAUAAUUUUGAAGGGAGAUAUGAUUUGGUGAGGUUUUUGAAGACAGUGCAAAAAGCAGGAAUGUAUGUUCAUCUAAGAGUUGGACCUUAUGUUUGUGCAGAAUGGAAUUUUGGAGGAUUUCCAGUUUGGUUGAAGUACGUUCCCGGCAUUAGUUUUAGAACUGAUAAUGAGCCAUUUAAGAGGGCCAUGAAAGGAUUCACUGAGAAAAUUGUGAAUUUAAUGAAAAGUGAAAAGUUGUAUGAAUCGCAAGGAGGCCCGAUUAUAAUGUCUCAGGUUGAAAAUGAGUAUGGAUCGGUUGGCAAGACAUAUGGAGGCGAUGGCCAUAAUUACAUGACUUGGGCUGCAAAAAUGGCUGUAGGAUUGGGGACCGGUGUCCCAUGGGUCAUGUGCAAGCAAGAUGAUGCUCCUGACCCUAUUAUAAACACUUGCAAUGGCUUUUACUGUGAUGAGUUUUCGCCCAACAAGCCUUACAAACCCACACUUUGGACUGAGGCUUGGAGUGGAUGGUUUACCGAAUUUGGUGGGCCAGUCUACCAGAGGCCCGUUCAAGAUUUGGCAUUUGGUGUUGCUCGAUUUGUACAAAAGGGUGGAUCAUUCUUCAAUUACUACAUGUACCAUGGAGGCACAAACUUUGGUCGCUCCUCUGGUGGCCCGUUCAUCACUACUAGUUAUGACUAUGAUGCUCCAAUUGAUGAAUAUGGCUUGAUUAGGCAACCAAAAUAUGAUCAUUUGAAGGAGCUUCACAAGGCUAUCAAGCAAUGUGAGCCUGCUUUAGUUUCAGCAGAUCCCGUUGUCACCUCCUUAGGAAGCCUCCAACAGGCCCAUGUGUAUUCUCCCACCACACUGCCCUGUGCAGCUUUUCUCUCAAACUAUGACCCGAAUAAUGCUGCAAAAGUGAUAUUCAAUAACAAGCAUUACACUUUACCUCCUUGGUCCAUCAGUAUCCUUCCUGACUGCGAAAAUGUUGCUUUCAAUACAGCCCAGGUUGGAGUUCAGUCUACACAAAUGGAAAUGUUAGUGAGCGAUGCCAAGAUGUUUUCUUGGGAGACAUAUACUGAAGAUCUAACAGUAAGUGGCGAAAGCUCUAUGUUCACUGCAACAGGUCUCUUGGAGCAAAUCAAUAUCACAAGAGAUAUUAGUGAUUAUCUUUGGUAUACAACUAGUGUUGAUAUUGGUUCAUCUGAAUCGUUUUUACGUGGAGGAGAACUCCCAAAGCUUCUGGUACAGUCAAGUGGUCAUGCUCUUCAUGUAUUCAUAAACGGAGAACACUCGGGUUCUGUUUUUGGUUCAAGAAAACAUAGAAAAGUUACAUACAAAGAAAAUAUCAAUCUGCGUGCUGGAAGCAACAAAAUCGCACUACUUAGUGUGGCCAUGGGAUUGCCGAACAUGGGAGGACAUUAUGAAGCAUGGGAGACUGGAGUCUUAGGUCCAGUAGCUCUGUAUGGUCUUGACCAAGGGAAACGUGAUUUGUCAUGGGUUAGCUGGACUUACCAGGUCGGUCUAAGGGGAGAGGCUAUGAAUGCUAUAUCCUCGAAUCCUACAUCUUCCAUCAAAUGGACUCAAAAUAUUUUGAUGUCUCAGAAACAGCAACCAUUAACAUGGCACAAGGCUUACUUCAAUGCACCUAAUGGCGGUGAGCCAUUGGCGCUGGACAUGAAUAGUAUGGGAAAGGGUGAAGCAUGGGUCAAUGGUCAAAGCAUUGGAAGAUAUUGGACAACUUAUGCCAAUGGUGAUUGCCAAGGGUGCCAUUACGCAGGAACCUAUCGUCCAUUGACUUGUCAACUUGGUUGUGGUCAACCAACCCAAAGAUGGUACCAUGUGCCUAGAUCUUGGUUAAAACCGACAAAUAACCUGUUGGUGCUAUUUGAAGAACUUGGAGGAGACCCCACUAAGGUUUCAAUAGUUAAGAGAUCAAUGGUGCAGUGACCGUAGCAAACAGAUUGGUCCAGAUCGUGUCCAAACAAGACAGUUAUCGGCUGAACCCCAUUUGUGGUGAAGGUACAGGAAACAGAACACCUUUUUAUGUUUAAUUCAAAUUCUAAGUUACAACUUACAAGUGUGUUCCUAUAGAUGAGUGAAGGUAUUUUUUGUUUUCUUUUUCUCCAAGUGAGGGAGAGGGUUAAUAAUGUGAGCUAGAAUGUGAGAGGCACAAAAUAGUGCAGUCGUUCUAGUUGCUGUAAGUUUUUUGUGUUAUUAUGGGGGCAAAAGGAGGAACCCCAGAAAUUAGGUUAUUGUUUAGAAGUUGAUCCUAAGGUCAGAUUGAACAUCAACUGUUGUAUGCAGUUGCCAGUGAUUAUAUAAUGAACUUUAUUUAAGUAA